GGCGUCGGAUGUUUUUGCUUCAAUCUCACGUACGCAAAUUAGAUACAUGCAAUGAACGACUGGCGGGAAUGUUAUCCCCUGCAGGUGUAUGGCCUCUUAUAUAUUCCAGAGCAUUAUAAAGCCUCCAAACUUAGUCGGACAUUCAUCUUCGAUUGUAUACUACUUCAAGCCACCAGAAAUGGCCGGUUCAUUGGCUACAAGUACCUUUGUCGGAAUGCAGAUCCAGAAGCUCAUUCCUACGCUGAUACUCUUGGCGGCGGCCGGUUUAGCCUCUGUAAUCCCAACCGCAUCGGAUAUUACAGUAGGUAGACAUACACCUUGUGUAAAAUUUAAUGUAAGGAAGGAAUGGAGAACACUGUCGGAGUCUGAAAGGCUAGACUUUAUCUCCGCUGUCAAGUGUUUACAAGAGACGCCCGGAGAGACCACUGCCCUGUACUCUGGGGUGAAGUCUCGCUACGAUGACUAUGUCGUUCUUCACAUAACUCAGACCGACUAUAUCCAUUGGGUCGGCUUUUUUCUUCCAUGGCACCGAUAUUUCUUAUCGCUAUUCGAACAAGAGCUCCAGGACACCUGUGGUUACAACGGAACAGUACCAUAUUGGGACUGGACACAGGACGCUAUUAACGAAGCAGCGUUCGUAGCCUCUCCUCUAUUUGAUACGACGCAUGGUUUUGGAGGAAACGGGCCGUACAUCGAGGAUAUCAGUGGGUUCCCCUCGGACUGGCUGAGUCUUGUCGAGAUCCCUGGUAGAACUGGGGGCGGUUGCAUCACAGACGGCCCCUUUGCCACUUACAACGCUAGCAUGGGCCCCGGCAAUCAUACAGAUUAUACUCCGCAUUGCGUGCGUCGCGACUUCAGCCCUUCCCUAGCAGUACAGUCGCUGAACUCAUCUGUCUACGCUCACGUCUUGGCUGCAACAAACUUCUUCGAACUCGAACACAGAACAGAAGGUAUAUCGUUAGGCAUAUCGGCAAUGUCGCUACAUGGUGGAGGUCACUUGGGUGUUGGAGGAGGUAUCGGAGAUAUGUCAAACACAUAUUCGUCGCCAUCUGACCCGCUGUUUUGGCUGCAUCAUGGUGGCUUGGACAAGAUGUGGAACGAAUGGCAGCGAAAUGACUGGGCCACGAGGAGGUUUGAUAUUGGUGGCCCUGACACUCAAUGGGCUUAUCCCUUUAAUUUCUUUGGUGAUAUCCCUUACAAGAAUGUCACGCUUGAAUUCGUCAUGGAUUUUGGACAAAUCGGCAACAGCACGAAAAUCAAGGAAGUGAUGGAUACCCAACAACAGCUGUGCUAUACCUAUAUAUAGAGAUCCACAUGACACAUAGCCACGAUGUAGUCUGAAUGAACCAUUUCUGGUCAUUCCUUAUGAAUUCGACAAAUCACAGUAAAGGAACCUCAUAGCA